CCGCUAUCUAAUUAUGAUUUUUUUUUCCCCCUAAGCUGUGUUUCUUCAUGAUAAAUAUUAUUAAAUAAAUAAUAUAAUCAGUAUAUGAAUAUACAAUUAUAAAAAUAAAAUUUAUAUAAUCUAUAAAAUACAUACCUAAAUUAUGUUAGCUGAUGCAUAUGAUUUCUUAUUGAAGUUAUUACUUGUUGGUGAUUCUGGAACUGGAAAAUCUUGUUUACUACACCAUUUUCUUGAAAAUCAAUUUAAAAAGGAUUCUAUAAACACAAUUGGUAUGGAAUUCGGUACACGAAUUAUACAUAUAGCAGAUAAAAGUAUAAAAUUACAAAUAUGGGAUACAGCAGGACAAGAACGAUUUAGGUCAUUAACUAAAAGCUAUUUUCGUGGAGCUGCUGGUGCUCUGGUUGUAUAUGAUAUUUGCAAUCGAGAUACAUUUUUAGGUGUAAGGUCUUGGUUAACAGAUGUUAGAACAUUAGCAAAUCCAGAACUAGUCAUUAUAUUAGUUGGUAAUAAGAAUGAUAAAAGUGAUGAAAGAGAAGUCUCGUAUUUAGAAGCAAGUCGAUUUGCACAAGAGCAUGAAAUGAUGUUUUUGGAAGCAAGUGCACUAACAGGUGACGGGGUAGAAGAUAUGUUCUUUAAAUGUGCAAAAUCAAUUUUAAGUAAAAUAGAAACAGGUCAAAUUGAUCCUGAACGAAGUGGGAGUGGUGUACAUUUUGGUGAUUCAAGUUUAAGGCGGAUGACACAGAGAACAAGAAUAAGAAAGAAAGAGAAAUCAUGUUGCUUUUGAAAAGGAAAGAAAACGCAUUCUUUAUAUACACAUUACAUUUAUUAAACUAUUUAUCUAUAUCAUUGUCAUUAUCACUAUCAUUAUCAUUAUACAAAUAAUACUAUUAUAAAUAUAUAAGAACUAAUUUUAUUUUUAUCAGAUCAAAC